UCUACAGCUGCCUGAAAGGAGACUCUGGCAAGGUGGGCAUCAGCCUCUUCUCCUGCAUAACUAGGCAUAGGAUUAGCGGAAUGGCCUCAAGUUGCACCAGGGGGGUGUUCAGGUUGGAUAUGAAAAAUUUUUUCUUAGAAAGACUGGCCAGGUGCUGGAAGAGCUGCUUGGAGUGGUGGAGGUUUUCAAGGAAAGGGUAGAUGUAUUACUUAAUGGACAUGGUUUAGAGGACAAUAUUAGUACCAGGUGGAUGGUUGGACAAGAUGAUCUUAGUGAGUCCAUGGUUAUUGAAUUUAUCUAUCUAUUUAUUUAUUUUGAUGAGGGUUCACAGGCUUCACUGGACUGGUUUUGAGCAAGAUAUUCCUGAAUGUAAGGUCAGUAAAUCUUGACCCACUGGAGAAAUGAAAAAUGUCUGAUCUAUGAAGAAACAUAAUCUUAUGUUUGUAGGGAGUAAAGCAAUGGAAAACAGUUUUCCUACUGAUAUCCCAUCCGUUUGUUGUCUUGCACAGCAUUAGCUUCAAGGAGGCAGCUCUCAGGUUACGGAGAGAGGGAGGGUUCAGCAGAGCCCCAGGCACUGCAGGAACAGAGGCCAUCUCUCCAGGACACUGACAGCUGCAGAAGGAGGACUGUGUUACUUCUAGCUGUACUUCAGUACCACAGUAACUCAUCUUUUGUUACAGUUUUGGAUAGUGAUAAAAAUUGUCAUGCUUCUGGGUGAACAGUUUUAUUUAAGGUCCAGAAAUGAAGAGAAAUAACCUGUCAUCCUUUUAUGUCUCUCUCUGGUUGCUGUUCACAGCCGCGAUGCUUCAAGCUGUAGAAUCAGCCAAAGGGAAAUAUGCUCAGAUGCUGUUCAGUGAACUGUUUGAAGACUAUUCAAAUGCUCUAAGACCAGUGGAAGACACAGAUAAAGUGCUGAAUGUUACCCUUCAGAUAACAUUGUCCCAAAUUAAAGACAUGGAUGAAAGGAACCAAAUUUUAACAGCUUACUUAUGGAUUCGACAAAGCUGGUAUGAUGCAUAUCUCAAAUGGGAUAAGGAUAAAUACGAUGGAUUGGAUUCUAUCAGAAUUCCAAGCAAUUUGGUCUGGAGGCCAGAUAUUGUCCUCUAUAACAAGGCUGAUGACGACUUUUCAGAACCUGUGAAUACUAAUGUUGUGUUGAGAUAUGAUGGAAAAAUCACUUGGGAUGCACCUGCUAUCACAAAAAGCUCAUGUGUAGUGGAUGUAUCUUAUUUUCCUUUUGACAGCCAGCAGUGCAACCUUACAUUUGGUUCCUGGACCUAUAAUGGUAAUCAGGUAGACAUCAUCAAUUCUCUUGAUAGUGGUGACCUUUCUGACUUUGUAGAAGACGUGGAAUGGGAGAUUCAUGGUAUGCCAGCGGUUAAGAAUGUAAUCACUUACGGCUGCUGCUCUGAGCCUUAUCCAGAUGUAACGUUUACGCUGAUUUUGAAAAGGAAGUCAUCUUUCUACAUAUUUAAUCUUCUUCUUCCUUGCAUUUUGAUCUCUUUCCUCGCUCCACUUGGAUUCUAUCUCCCUGCAGACUCUGGAGAAAAAGUGUCUCUAGGUGUUACAGUUCUUCUUGCUCUGACUGUGUUCCAGCUGAUGGUUGCAGAGAUUAUGCCUCCCUCUGAAAACGUACCUUUGAUAGGCAAGUAUUACAUAGCAACUAUGACCAUGAUCACAGCCUCCACUGCGCUGACAAUCAUUAUAAUGAAUGUCCAUCACUGUGGCUCAGAAGCAAAGCCUGUUCCACAGUGGGCCAGAGUGGUAAUCUUGGACUAUAUGUCAAAAAUUUUUUUUGUUUAUGAUGUGGGUGAAAAUUGUACAAGUCCACGAAGAGAGAAGGAACAAGAAUACAGGUUAGAGGGUGGUGACAUGUGUCAGGGGGCAGAUAGAAAAAAUCACCUUUCCAGUGGAAAUGAUGACAGUGAUCUCAAGGAAAAUCUGAAUGGAAAUCUGAAUAAAAGCUUUGGAGUUCAUGGUGAAAAUGUUAGGGAGAAUGUUAAUUGCCGUUCCUGUUACAAAAUGCUGAUUAAAAAUAUUGAAUAUAUUGCUAAUUGUGUUCGAGACCAUAAAGCAAACCGGGCCAAAGGAAUUGAGUGGAAGAAAGUGGCAAAGGUGAUGGACAGGUUUUUCAUGUGGAUUUUUUUUAUCAUGGUGUUUUUUAUGAGCGUGCUUGUCAUUGGGAAAGCAGCUUAGCUGCAGAUGAACAUGUUGUGUAGGUAUGAAUGUACUGAGUCAGCUCCUUUCAGUGGAGCUGUGGGAUAGGUGUGCUUCUGAGGUUUUUGUGUCUUCCGUUCUGUAACAAUAAACUUCAGUAACAAUAAAUUUCAGUAGGCUGCAACGCAUCUUUAGACGUUGCUCAACUGAGGGCUUUACUAGUGACUUCAUUGCUAUAAAUAAGGGAGUGCAGCCCAGAUGAGGCCGUUGGAUAAGCAGUCUGUGCUCUGUCUUGAUGAAUGGUGGCCAUGACUGCAGGCUGAUCAGGUGGAGCAUUGCAGUGAAGGAGCAGACAGCCUAUCAGGGUACACUGUAUUCAGAGAGAUGUGUCUCUGCACCUUGAAACUUAGCUGACCUUUUCUCUCUGCCAGAACAAAGUUGGGAUAUUUGCAAGAUCAUGACAAUUCCUGGAAUUUAUCCCUAUGUGGCAUUGCCUUAUUUUUUUACCCUUGUCUAGCUUAUUUUCCUAGUUUAGCUUUUUUGCUCUUACUUUUCUUUUUU